AUGGGUGACCCACAGACGUAUGUGGAAGAGUUGCUGGACGCUUUAAAUGACAAGUUGGACGAUUUUGAUUUUGGCGGUUCGUUAUUCCACGACCGACAUUCCGAUGAAUUCGGCGGAUGUUUCAGUGAAGGCGUGCCCUUCGGUGGUUCGUACAGUAGCAAGCAGUCUGACUUCGCUCAGUUCUUCAAUAAGGCGAUUUUCGGAGGUGGCGGCGACGGACCUGAGGACCCGUUGUCUGCAAUCCCGUACAUCGGUAAGACGCAGUUCGACAAGUUGGAGGGGGAUCAAAUCCGUAUCUUCCUGAUUAUUACGGACGCCCAGGCAAAGUGCCACGGGCUGGAUACUUUGAAUGCCUUAGAUGAGCUUCCGGGCUCAACAGAGAACGAGGACCCAGAGUCGAGUGUGACGUGCGACCCGACGAAGUGGUUCCCAACACUGGAACAGCUAUCCUCAGCCAUUGACAAGUACCAAAUCGUUCCGGUCACGCUCGCGGCCGGCGACGAGAUGGCUGAGUGGUGGCGGGACUUUUAUUCGAAACAGCUCGGGUUGUCAGAGAGCGCCGGGGAAUUUAACGUGCUCACCAUAGAGAACAGUGCCGAUUCCAUUGCUCAAGGUGUGAUCGAUAGCGUUAAUACCGUUAGCUGCACCGUUGUCAGCACCUCCUCCACCGUGGCUCCCACGCCGACCACUGGCGGCACUACUGGCGGCACAACUGGUGGCACAACUG